AUGUGGUCUCCACGUACACCAAACAACGUUAUACUGGCAGUUAGGGUACUAAAUGGCCCAUACACAGCUAGACCUCCUACUCCAACUACGGCUCCUACAGCAGCAGAAAGUCAAGACCCCUCUAGUCCCUGUUCAUUAAGAGCUUGGACAAUCCCAAAGAUUGCAGCUGAACUCAGGCAUAGAGGGCUAUCAUACCCGGCCACGGCUACGAAAGCAGAAUUAUACAAGAUAAUGAUGCCAAGCCCCGACAAUCCACAGCCAGGGUCUAGAUCACAAGACCAAAUUAUUGAUACUCUCACAGGGAUUCAGACCACUAUGGCAGCCAUGCUCGCAUCUAUCAGCAGCCUAAACCAGAGAGUCGAGAAAUGUGAAACUCCAGCACCAGCCACAGUGUCCCCCCCAAUACCACUCAUACACUAG